CUGCUCCUUUUUCAGUUCCCUGUGUCUCUGGUGGUUUGCCUAAACCUGCAAACAUCACCUUCUUAUCCAUCAACAUGAAGAAUGUCCUACAAUGGAAUCCACCAGAGUGUCUUCAAGGAGUUAAAGUUACUUACACUGUCCAGUAUUUCAUAUAUGGGCAAAAGAAAUGGCUGAAUAAAUCAGAAUGCAGAAAUAUCAAUAGAACCUACUGUGAUCUUUCUGCUGAAACUUCUGACUACGAACACCAGUAUUAUGCCAAAGUUAAGGCCAUUUGGGGAACAAACUGUUCCAAAUGGGCUGAAAGUGGACGGUUCUAUCCUUUUUUAGAAACACAAAUUGGCCCACCAGAGGUGGCACUGACUACAGAUGAGAAGUCCAUUUCUGUUGUUCUAACAGCUCCAGAGAAGUGGAAGAGAAAUCCAGAAGACCUUCCUGUUUCCAUGCAACAAAUAUACUCCAAUCUGAAGUAUAACGUGUCUGUGUCGAAUACUAAAUCAAAUAGAACGUGGUCCCAGUGUGUGACCAACCACACGCUGGUGCUCACCUGGCUGGAGCCAAACACUCUUUACUGCGUCCACGUGGAGUCCUUCGUCCCAGGGCCCCCUCGCCGUGCCCAGCCUUCUGAGAAGCAGUGUGCCAGGACUUUGAAAGAUCAAUCAUCAGAGUUCAAAGCUAAAAUCAUCUUCUGGUAUGUUCUGCCCGUAUCCGUUACUGUGUUUCUUUUUUCUGUGAUGGGCUAUUCCAUCUAUCGAUAUAUCCACGUCGGCAAAGAGAAACACCCAGCAAAUUUGAUUUUGAUUUAUGGAAAUGAAUUUGACAAAAGAUUCUUUGUGCCUGCUGAAAAAAUCGUGAUUAACUUUAUCACCCUCAAUAUCUCGGAUGAUUCUAAAAUUUCUCAUCAGGAUAUGAGUUUACUGGGAAAAAGCAGUGAUGUAUCCAGCCUUAAUGAUCCUCAGCCCAGCGGGAACCUGAAGCCCCCUCAGGAGGAAGAGGAGGUGAAACAUUUAGGGUACGCUUCGCAUUUGAUGGAAAUUGUUUGUGAUUCUGAAGAAAACGCAGAAGGUACUUCCCUCACCCAGCAAGAGUCCCUCAGCAGAACAAUACCGCCAGAUAAAACAGUUAUUGAAUAUGAAUAUGAUGUCAGAACCACUGACAUUUGUGCAGGGCCUGAAGAGCAGGAGCUCAGGUUGCAGGAGGAGGUGUCCACACAAGGAACAUUAUUGGAGUCACAGGCAGCGUUGGCACUCUUGGGCCCGCAAACAUUACAGUACUCAUACACCCCUCAGCUCCAAGACUUAGACCCCCUAACGCGGGAGCACACAGACUCAGAGGAGGGGCCAGAGGAAGAGCCGUCGACGACCCUGGUCGACUGGGACCCCCAAACUGGCAGGCUGUGUAUUCCUUCGCUGUCCAGCUUCGACCAGGACUCAGAGGGCUGCGAGCCUUCUGAGGGGGAUGGACUCGGAGAGGAGGGUCUUCUGUCUAGGCUCUAUGAGGAGCCGGCUCCAGACCGGCCACCAGGAGAAAAUGAAACCUAUCUCAUGCAAUUCAUGGAGGAAUGGGGGUUAUAUGUGCAGAUGGAAAACUGAUGCCAACACUUCCUUUUGCCAGACCCCUACUGUGCAGACAAGUGAUUCACCCCUUUGAUCCCAGCCAUAAAGUACCUGGGAUAAAAGAAGUGUUUUCCAGUUUGUCAGUGUCUGUGAGAAUUACUUAUUUCUUUUCUCUAUUCUCAUAGCACGUGUCUGAUUGGUUCAUGCACACAGGUCUCUUAACGAUGGUGGUGGGUGCCUAGAGUGCAGGGGCUGGCCGGUUGUUCUAUGCAGAGAAAGCAGUCAAUAAAUGUUUGCCAGACUGGGUGCAGAAUUUA